UACCAGAACCCGAGCAAGAGGACUCAGAGGGCAUCAGGGCAGUGGGGCUGGAGCAGCAGCACCACAGCACAGCACACGGUUCCUCUCCAUGAUAGCAGGGUUAUGCCUGGUGUCUGGGUACAGUGGAGGAGCACAGCUUGUUCCCACCAGCCACAGCAUCUCCUUUCUCUGGCCCUACAGAUGCCACCACAGUUGUACUUAGCCUCCAUGAACCAUGUACCUUUGCUAUUUAGGAAGCUGCCAUUCAAACUUUCCAGCUCCUGUGUGCAGCUGAACCUGGUGCUUUCCAAACACCCUGUGCCACCCACCCAAAGCACAUGGGUGCACUGGGACCCAAAUUUCAUGGACUGUUCCAGGUCCCAAUCCUCCCAUGUGUGCAUGGGACAAGCCCAUACCGCACAUCCUCUAGAGCUGUCCCUCUCAAAACUCAUCUUUUAGUUCACAUUUAUAUCACACUCAGCAACACAAAGCCCAGGUAACUUUCUCUUCUCCCCCCUGUAGGAACCAUAGCCUCUACGGACAUGGGGCUCCUGCUGAGAGAUGAUGUUUUUGUUGAUUUUUUCAACACAUUUCUGAAUCUUCCGGUUUUUGGCCAGACACCCAUUUACAUCAGCAGCAUGGGCCAGUGGGACCUCUGGCCAGAGCUGCCAAGCCACUUGGAACCCGGCCCCGCGGCGUUACUGGCUUGGCUGGAAAAGCACCGGCUGCCUCACUUCUGCAGAUCCAGCCUGUGCCUCCACCUUGUCCUCUGCCAGAAGCUCCUGGGUUUCAUUCGGUCGGGGGAAGCAGCAAAGCUGCUGAACUGGCAAAGAGCUGACCGGUGGCUGUUGGAGAAGUGCAUCAGCGGGAGCCAGGGCAUGUGGAACUUUCGGGCCUUCAUCCAAGGAACAGCAGGGGAAGAACUGACCAACUUCUGGCUCACCACCGAAAGGCUCCUGGGGCUUGACGAGUCAGACGCAAGGCAGAGGGACCUCUACAUGUCCUUGCUCCACAGGCUGAAAGCCACUCACCUGCGUGAAGGCUCCAGCGUCAUCACUCUCUGCAGGACCAUCGUUGGGUUGCUGCCAAAAGCCAGGCACAUUCAGCCCAUCAGCACCAGGAGGGACAUCCUAAGCAAGAUGCAGGAACAGGCCCUCUUUAUGAUUCAGAGUUACUGGCUCCCUAAAUUCUUCAUCCACUGCAAGAAGGGCAUGGAGGAAGAGAAAUCGUGCUGGCCUCUGCUGCAGGAAUAUCAGGACCGUUUAUUACGGGCCAACUCGCAGGAGCCCUCAGGCUUUUCGGAGAAUCUCUUCAUGAUGCAUAUUAAAAGGAGCCAGGGUUUGUCAGGGCCCUACUGCAGCAAGAAGGCCAAAGCGGAGAUCUGGACUCUGGUCAAGGAGGGAAGAGACACCCAAGAAAUGAAGAUGCCCAGUUUUCAGGUGCAACGAGAAAGGCAGCCAGGGCCAGCUGGGAGCACAAAGGAAUCACGUCCGGAUAAGGAUGCUUUGGGAUCGAUUACUCAGCAUUCAGAGCAUCCUGCAAACACUGCCUUUCGAGGCAAAGGAGGAGCAGCCUCUCCCAAAAGACCUAGACCCAGUGCAGAGCAGGUCCUUCAUCUGGAAGACCUCUGUGAAGAGAAAGUCCUCUCUAACUUGCAUUCCUCUGCACCCCUUGUCCAUCUGCCAUCCCUGAAAAAGCCGGUCAAGACCCUGAGUUUCCUUCCCUGGGCCCUUAGUGCUGAGACCUGUGCAGGUCGGCCCUUCAGGGACUUCUUGAAGUGCCAGGACCGGCCUGUGGAGACUCAUCUCCUGGAUCUGUGGCAUGACCUGGAGGAAUUUCUGCCCGUGGUGCUGGACCCCAGCAGAGAAAACUGUUUCUUCCUGCGUCAUAUGAUCGGGAAGAAGAUAUGCAAGACCUACCUGGAGGAGGGCACCAUCCAGCAGCUUCCCUUGGAGACCAGGACUCUCAGGAGCUUGCGGAACCAUCUGAUGUCUGGAGAAUUCUCCCCCUGGAUAUUCAGAGCCCAGAAGGAGAUUUGCAAGGUGCUCUGCAGCUUCUAUGAAGAAUUUCUGGCUGACGAUGACAAGACGUUCCUCCAGUCUAUGUCUCUGCAGAGUGAUGUCCUAAUGCCUAAGAUGCAAGGCCAUGCUGUUGGGAAAGAUGAAUGUUUCCUCCUGUCCCAGCGGACAAACAAAUCCUUGAAGCUGAGCCAGGCCUUGCAUGGCACGAAGAACUUGGAAGGUCUCUCCUCCAAGCACUGGCGAUUAAUUGCGACUCAGGACCUCCGGAAAGGGGGCUCCAUCCAGGCAGAGGUGGAACCUCUCCUGUGCAGGACCGACUCCCAGAAGAUGACGUCAAAUGUGCUUGCUGUUCAGAAACCCUUGCUGGCUGUGGAUAGCCCAAGCAAGGAAAAUGAGCUUCUGUGUCUCAAAAGCCCAUUACUUGCUGUUGAACCCGAGAACAGAAAGAAGAUGACUGUUCCUGUGAGAAAAACGAAAUCAAGCACGACAAAGUCCACCACUGUUACAGUAGAGAAGCCAUCUAGAAGACCCAGGCACUUCAUGAAAGUACUGCACAACCCUGCCCACCUGCAGUUCUUCAAGCAGUUCCUCAAGGAGCGCAAAGCAGAUGAACCACUGCGUUUCUGGAUGGCCGUGGAGAGGCUAGUUGCAGAGACCAACCCCAAGACGAAGAGCUUCCUCAUUAACAGCAUUAUCAGAAAUUAUUUCCAUGCCAAAAUCCCAGCUGAGGAACAGCUGGAUUGCCACACUUCUAUCAUCAAAGAAAUAAAUGAGGCUGAAACAGUCAGCCCCUUGAUGUUGAUGACGGCACAGAUCUUUGUCCAGAAAGCAAUGGAAAAACGAUGGUUUAAAGAGUACCAGGACCUGUUCCCCCCGAGCGAUACGCAUAAGUCUAACCUUUGUUUGCAGCAUGGGAUGAGGAACUUCAUAACAGACAAGCUGCGGUGGGCCUGGUAUGCCAUUCAAGACGUGGUCAAGAGCAUCUGCAAGUUCCGGAGAGAGAUGGGCAAUGACAAAUGCCGUGCGGAGUUUGAGGACUUUCUCCGUCGGGAACUAGGAAAUGAGGAGGAAAACUUGCCCAUCAGCUCGAUGCGGAGCAGCAGCACCGUGAGCACUUGCCGCUCCCACACGGCCUCUACCAGCACCCCACCAGACAAGGAGGUGGUACUAGUGAAACGCCACCUGUUUAACAGCCAGCUCAUUACUGUCAACUUCCUCGUCGAUGACCUCCGGUUUUAUCUGGAGAUCGACAAGUUUUCCAGGCUGGCUGAUUCAGUUGAAGCUCUGGCAGCCCGCAACAUGCAGUCAGAAAAGGAAGUUGCUUUUCUCAAAAGGAAAGUCACCAUCAUCAGCAAACUCUUCCUGAACUCUGAUAUUCCCCCCAAACUGCGGGUAAACAUCUCUGAAGAAGAGAGAGAUUUAAUCUGGAGUUUAUCUUCCAAGGGGCUACUGAACCGUGUCCUCUACCACAGGGCCAAGGUCAUCAUCUUCCCCAUCCUGAUGCACUUCUGGAGAAGGUUCUGCACCUGGAAGGUGAUGAGGAGCUUUCGGGUCUCUGCGAAGGACAGGGUGCCAAUCUCUUUGCCCAGUACAAAAACCUCCUCUGAAUCAUCUGACAUCUACAGUCCAAGCAAUCACACCGUCAUUGUCUUCACGCUCCUGAAAGGGGUCCAGAUCCUGCUGCCCCGGCCCCAGAAGAAAAUGGAGCCACUGGAGGAGCAAAAAGAUUCAGAUCAAAGUCUUGAUAAAAGGCUCUCAUUCAGCAAGUCUGCCUCUGGUCCUGCAGAGCAGGCACUGAGGAAAGGACAGACCUCUGAGGAAGAACAGACCUCCCAACACACUGUCCACGCCAAGCAGGACAGGGGUGUGCCCCAAGGAAGCUGAGCAGCCCAGACACACUGCAUAGUUUGCACUUAAUCAGCAGUAAGACCUAAAAAUAAAGCAACUCACGGCAUCCUCCAGCCUGCAUGGUAACAUAGCACAGCAGCUUGCACCUCUGCAACUACAGCAGGGACAUGCCACGACGCGUGUUUCCACCUGAGGAGAUAUCCUUGUCCACACGCCAGUCUCCUUCCUCAUAUGUAUCUGUAAUGCAUUGCCCAUAGCUGGGACCCAGUAACAGUGUAAAUAUCACACUGGGUGCACAGCACAACACCACCUUUGAGGUCUUUCCCAAGAAAUUUGAAAGGUGCUUAAAGCCACAAAGCAGUCAACAGUAAAUACUUUGCCCGAAGAAGGGGCUCCUCAAAGACCACCCAACCCUAGAAGCUGCUCCAGCCCUGCUGCGCAGUGAGCCAUGCUUCUCACCAAAGACUGGGAUUGCUUUCCUCUGCUCAGCAUGGCUUACAGCCUUCUCUCAGCUCCUCACCCCUCCACAGUUUCCACACAAAUUAAAUACCUCCUGUGGGUGGCAAGGCUAAGAGAGCCCACCUGGUUUACUACUCAGCUGUUCCUGGGUGGUGAGAUGGUGCCUGUCUUGCCAAAGCCUUUCUGAUUCUCCGAUCAAAAUCGGCUCGUGCCUGACUUGGGGCCUGGGUGUGUUUUUUUUAAAAGCCAGUGUGUUUACAAAGCACUAACCAAAUCAUAUCAGACCUUCAUUUUCCCCAGGUGAAACUGAGUUGAAGUGGCUUUGCCCAGUCACCAGGAAGCUGCAGAAAUUCCAAAUGUUCAUUUGACCUCACGAAGAAACAACCAUGACCUUUAUCGCACCUUGCCUCUGAUAGCUCCCUUGCAAGCUCUCAGCUUUGUAAUUUUGAG